AUGCCGCCCCCCAAGGCCAAGCACUCGAAGAUGGUGACGCUGUUGCACUACCGUCUCAAGGUGACGCUCAACGACGGCCGCCAGCUCGUGGGUCAGAUGCUCGCAUACGACAAGCACAUGAACUUUGUGCUGGCCGAGUGCGAGGAGUUUAGAACGGUCAAGGGCAAGAAGACCAAGGACACGCCGGCCGGCGAGCCAACCCCAACGGUGCAGCAGAAGCGCACGCUUGGCCUCGUCAUCCUGCGCGGCGAGACGAUCGUGAGCGUGUCCGUCGAGGGCCCGCCUCCCGCCACAUCGGAGGGACCAGGCAUCGCUGCUGGCCCAGGUCGCGGCGUACCUGCCGGCCGUGGGAUGCCGCUCGGCGGCGGGGCUGGCGCCCCGGCCAUGGCAGCGCGUCCUAUGCCUUACGCGCGCCCACCACCGGGCUUCCCUCCGGGGAUGGCGCCGCCGCCAGGGAUGCCACCUGGGUUCCCCCAGGGAAUGCCUCCUGGAAUGCCGCCUGGAUUCCGUCCGCCCGGGGGACCUCCCGGCUUCCCUCCUGGAUUUCCGCCCCGUCCCCCCGCAUAG